AUGGAGUUGUGUUCCAAUAGUCUGAAGAAUAUUCUUCAACACAAACCACAAGAAUUUGAACGACAAUCAGGAGAACCCAUGAAUUCAUACGAAUAUUUGAUUUCGUGUGAAAUAUUCCGAGAGAUCUUAGAAUGUGUUCAGUAUUUGCAUGAAUUGAAUCCACAGAUCAUUCACAGAGAUCUUAAACCCGACAAUAUAUUGAUCGAUAGGGAGGGGCGUAACGCUACUGUUCACGACAAAAGUAUUCACAAACUUACCGAAAAUAAACACACAUCAGGUGUGGGAACCCUUGGAUUUAUUGCCCCAGAAGUCCUUACGAGUAAACCAUAUGAUCAUAAAUCGGAUGUUUAUAGUCUGGCUGAAAUUGGCCAAAAGUUAUUUGAUUUGGACUUGUCCAGAUUAGACCAGCAUCAGUCGCAACUCUACUCAAAGACAUGUCCUAAUUUGAACGAGCCGGUACCCUAUUAUUAA